AUGACAGGUCCUGCUCCACCCAGAGGCUACUCCACCUCUGCUGCUGUGACCCGUCCUGCUCCACCCAGAGGCUACUCCACCUCUGCUGCUGUGACGGGUUCUGCUCCACCCAGAGGCUACUCCACCUCUGCUGCUGUGACAGGUCCUGCUCCACCCAGAGGCUACACCACCUCUGCUGCUGUGACAGGUCCUGCUCCACCCAGAGGCUACUCCACCUCUGCUGCUAUGACAGGUCCUGCUCCACCCAGAGGCUACUCCACCUCUGCUGCUAUGACAGGUCCUGCCCACCCAGAGGCUACUCCACCUCUGCUGCUGUGA